AUGGCUGACCAGGAAACACCUCAAACUCCAAACCCGGACUCCCAGGCCACCACCCCAAAGCCGAAGCGUGCUCCGAAGCUACGCAAGAACAGUCCCGCUCAGCAAGAGCGAAGCCCGCCACCUUCCGAGCAGGACCCCGAACAGGAAGAGUCUAAGCCAAACCCCGAGGGCAGCAACGAGACUACCCAGCAGGGCGAAGGCCAGGGUCAAGACCAAACUCGAGAAGAACCCCAACAAGAACAAGAACCAGGAGACCAGCGCAUCAACCGCCGUCGCCGCCGACCCCGUCCCCCUCCCCACCGCCAGGAAUCAGACACCGAAUCCAUCUAUCGCAGCGACAUGGAUUACCGUCCCCAGCAACGCCAGCGCACGCGACGCACCCGUCAGGUUGAGCUGCAGCAGGGCCAGCAGGGCCAGCAGGAGGGAGGACCCCUCGGUUCAUUGGGUGGUGUCGACCAGGCUGGCCAGCUGGUGCAGAGCACCGCUGGCAACGCACUGAGUGGAGCCACGGACACCGCGGGUAAAGCUGUCGGUGGAGUCCUGGGCAGUGGCGCCCUGAGCGGUAGCCAGAAGGAAGAGAAGGACGAAGGUGGUCGAGACGAACAGUUGCGGCUGCGGCUGGAUCUGAAUUUGGACAUUGAGAUUCAGCUGAAAGCGAAAAUCCAUGGAGAUUUGACGCUGGCUUUGCUGUCAUAA